CGAAGAGCCUCAGAAGAAAGAAAGUUUUCGGCUGUGCUGGCUGCUCUGCUCUGCGAUCUCCGAUCUUAGUUAAUAUCUCAUAGCAGAUAUAUAUUUCUAUAUAUAUAUAUUUCAGUAGAUAUAUUACCCAUACCGUGUGCUCAGUGGAGCGUCUUCCGCGUUUUGUGGCUGCGUCGCUUAAUUGGCCCAAAAGUAUCUCAAGUGUGUGAUUGUGAAAGUUCCUGAAGAAUAAUGUACGUGAGACGAGCUUUGCUCUUGGCUUGCUUGCUGUGCCUGCAGCCGCUGAGUCCUUCUUUGGCCAGCGAGGAUGAGUCCAAUCCGCUACUGGACAUGGCCUCCAUGUUCUUCCAAGAGGCGCUGUCCAACCAGAAUGGUGGUAACAAUGGCGGAGGCGGUGGAGGAGCUGGCUUGGCGGGUGUGGCUUCGCUAAUUGGUACCUUCAUGCAAGCCAGUGGCAAAUCCGGCGGUGGAGCAGGCGGCGGCGGUGCUGGUGGUGCCAUGCAAAUCCUUUCUGGUUUGGGUAGCCUCCUGUCCAAGAGUGGCGGUCAGGGCGGCGGUGGCUUUGAUCCCUCCAUCAUUGGCAAUGUCCUGGAGAUGUUCACCCAGGGUGAUGAUGAAGAAGCCACUCCAAAUCAAAAACGCAGCAAUGGCGGUGGUUCUGAAUCUGGUAUUGGCCUGGACACCAUCCUCCAAGUGGCAUCGGCAUUCAUGAACACCCAGGGCAACGAUAAGGGCUCUCAUCACCAUCAGAAACGUUCUGUUGGUGGCGAAGAACCAGAAACGGAGAACGGACUGAUGAACCUUCUGCCAUUGGUCAUGCAGGCGGUUAGCUCUUUCGCCGGUCCCGAGGGUCAGAGCACUCAGGAGAAGCACAAGAGCCACGCCUGGGUGCUGCCCCCAUUCCUGGAGCACAUCCAUGUGCUGUGGGAUCACUUCUCAAACUCCGAGCUGGCCGAUGCUUUGUACGAGAAAUCUGGUGUCAACAAGAUUAUGAAGGGCUUCAAGGGCAACGAUGGCAAACUGGACUACGACAAGCUGUUCGAAUCGCUGAACAACCAAUCCUUCCGCCGCCGCUGGAUCAAGUCCGCAACACUCUACCUGGCCGACUGGGCUAGCUACCUGGCCAAUCCCGAUGUGUAUCUCAAGUACUUCCAGACGGCACAGAUCAUGUUUAACGGCCUGCUGAAGUCUCAAGGUUAUCCCAAGCAAACCCACUUUGAUCCCUCGCGUCCGGGAGAGACCAUCUCGAAUCUCUUGGAUCAUGUUGCCAAACAUCAUCUGAAUGUUAAGAUCGAUUCCAGACAGUAUGUUAAGCCGGCAGUGGGUUAUGCCAAGGAGCUACUAAAACUCGGCCAGGCACGUGGAUUAUUGCAGUUCAAUGCCACCGAGAUCAGCGACAAGCUAACGGAUACGCUCAACCUGGAGGUUAUUGAACCGGUGCUGAAAGUCCACCGCGCCUACAGAUACAUCUCGAAGUCGCCGCAAUGCGAUCGCUAUGUGCUCUGCCAGCUGAAUGCAGCCGCUCUUGAUCAGCAGGAGAAACAGAAGCAACAUGACCAAUAUCAGCAGCACCAUCAGCCCAAACAGAAUCGUCAGACAGCGACAACGGCGUCCGGCCUAAUUGCCGGAGUUAGUCCGAAAAUCGUUAAGAUCGGCAGCAUGGGUGCAGCGAUCUUCAUUAGCACGGAAACCGGUACGCCGUUCUGGACGCUGUUCGGUGUGAUCAAUGCGCCAUACAAUUGCGAGGCCAAAUACCCAGUCGAUUGCAAUGGUUUCCACGAGGGCGAGGCCAAGGUGACCACGGAAUAUAUCCACAACGAGUUGUAGAAUUCCAGGUGCAGAUCGAGAUUAAGAACCAGAGGAAAUGGAAAUGAAGGAGACGUAAGCUCAUUAAGAUGAUUUAGCUGUAAUUGAAAUAAAGAUUUCGUGUGUAUAUAGUAUUACGGAUUGAAAUACAUUUAAAUUUAAACUAAA